UGUGGGAACACGUGGUUUCUGCAGGCAGCUCUACGGGCGCACCACUUCCUCUCACGUUUGGAUUCCUGCACUUUUUAUGUGUGUGUGUGUGUGUGUGUGUGAGAGAGAGAGAGAGAGAGAGAGUGUGUGUGUGUCUCCGGUUACUGCUGCGGGUACCACAGAGAGCCGAGCUGGACCGGGAUACAUCCUCACCUCUGCAUCUCUCAGAGCUACCAGACAAAACAACCAGUUCAGUUCUCUCGCUCUUGCAGCAACAAAGUUCAUUGCCGCUUUUUUUUUUCUCUUUUCUUUUUCCGCUGCAGCGUCUGAGGGGCGACCCUGAAGUUACCUGCGCUGUAGGAGAUCCUCCCAGGAGUGAAGAGUCACGGAUGGCGCUCCGACUUUUUUAGCUGACGCUACCCCACACAAAGAUAACAGUGGAUAUUUUGGGGGAGGAAAGUCGCACAUCCGAGGUGCCGUGCGCUCGCAGGGGAGCUUUUGGGCGCACUGCCACUGCGAUGCUGUGGAUGUAACUUCAAACAGCAGCUUCUUUCACAACGGUACAGUCCCGUGAGCCACAAUGAAAGACGACUUUGCCGACGAGGAGGAGGUGCAGUCCUUUGGUUAUAAGAGGUUUGGAAUUCAGGAAGGAACGGAGUGCACCAAGUGUAAAAAUGACUGGGCUCUGAGGGCGGCGAUUGCACUGCUCUAUGUGCUCUGUGCACUGCUCACUAUAGCAGUGGCUGUCCUCGGGUACAAAGUGGUCCAGAGAAUGGACAAUGUCUCGGAGGGCAUGCAGAACUAUGGAGGCAAGAUCAAUGCUGUGGAGACAGACCUGAAGAAACUAGAUGAUCAGGCCGGAGCAAAGUCAGUCAAUUCAACAGGUGAAAUCAAGACUUUCAAGAGAGACCUGGAGGCAUUACAGAGCCAGCUGAACGAUAUCGCCCUCAGAGCGACCCAAAACAGAGACAUGCUGGAUGAUCUUCGGAUCACAGGAGACGACCUGCAGAACGGCCACGACUCCCUGCAGAGUUUUCUGAAGGGCAACGCGGCCUCACUGCGUGGAGUCAACCAGACCUUAUCCUCCUACAGUGGCAUGAUUGACAACCUCCAGACAGACACUGCACGGCUCCAGUCGGACAUACAGAGUCAGGUCAAAGAGCAGAGCCAGACCCAAGUCAGUGUCAGCGCCCUUAACAUUACUCAGUCCCAGCAACGGAAUCUGCUCAGCGCGCUGCAGAAGACGGUAGAAGACGCAGGCCAGGCUGUGCAGAAACUGAAGAAUGACUAUCAGGGUCUGCAGCAGACGGCCAGGCAGACGCGGGCUGACACGGAGUGGCUGAAGGAAAAGGUCCUGAACCUCCAGGUUUUGGCUGCCAACAACUCAGCCCUGGCCCGGUCCAAUGGUGAUGCUCUGGAUGACUUGGGGGCUCAGCUCAGCACGCUGGCCAGCCAGAUCCAGAACGCCUCAGCUCUGGCCGAGGGGCACGACCAGAGCCUGCGCGAGCUGAUGGACCACCAGAGAGACCACGAUAACACCACCUCGUCCAAGUUUGACGAGAUUGAGGCCCGACUAGACAGACACGAGAACGACAUGGACCGCGUGACGGGAAACGUGAGCUUCGCCUCGCAGCUCCUGGGCGCCAUCAGCUCCGACCUGAACGGCCUGAGGUCCUGUGCUGAGACGGUGGUGCGACACACAGACCUGUUAGUGGGGCUGAAUGGAAGCGUGAUGGAGGCUCAGGCGGACAGCCACGAGCUGCGCGUCCAGCAGGAUGAGCUGAGAGCCAGGUUGGACAAAGAGGUCAGCAGCCUCUCCAUGAUUAUGGAGGAGAUGAAGCUGGUUGACAGCAAGCACUCACAGCUCAUCACCAACUUCACCAUCCUGCAGGGUCCACCAGGUCCAAGAGGCGCCAGGGGUGACAAGGGUCCCCAGGGGCCGGUGGGCCAGACAGGACAAAAGGGUGAUAAAGGAGACAAAGGGAUGCCAGGGUUGGUGGGACUUAAAGGAGAGAAAGGUGCUGUUGGACCACUGGGUGGGACAGGGCCAAAGGGUGCAGCCGGGCCUCGAGGUCUUCCAGGGGCCAAAGGGUCAAGAGGGUCUGGAGGCCGACCUGGAAACCCUGGUGAGAAAGGUGACCCUGGGAAUCCAGGACCUCCUGGUAGGGACGGAAUGGCAGGCAUUCCGGGACCGGCAGGGCCUUCGGGGCCGAGAGGAGCAGCAGGUCCCGCAGGGCUGGAGGGGCCUCGUGGUCCUGUUGGACCUAUCGGCCCUGCUGGACCUCCCGGACUACCAGGGCUGCCUGCGCCUGUACUUCCUCCCCUUUCAAAGCCUCCUCAGCCCACUCGGCCUGCUCAGGUCCCUGAAUCCCCAAAACCACCUCAACCUCCCAAACCAGCAGUGGAACAAGAAGGCACCGUGUCCCGGCAGGUCCAGCCCCCUGUGGCCACUGCUCCAGCACCCGGUUGCCCAUCUGGAUUCAAAAAGUUUGGAGACAGCUGCUACUACUUCUCCUCUGUUUCUCAGAGACUCAACUUUGACGAGUCCAGCCAGUUUUGUGCUAACAUGUCAUCUUAUAUGCUCAUUAUUAAUGAUAAUGAGGAACAGACAUUCGUGAGAAAUGCAAUUGCAGGAAAAGGUUAUUUCUGGCUCGGCCUCACUGACAGGGAGGAGGAGAAUGUCUGGAAAUGGGUGGAUGGAACUUUACCUGUGUUCAAAAAGUGGAAGCCUGGCCAGCCUGAUAACUGGACUCACGGACACGAACAAGGCGAGGACUGCGCUGGGCUUAUCCAUAACGCCAACUGGAAUGAUUUCUACUGCACUGACCGCAUCGGUUUCAUCUGUGAACGUGCCUCUGACCUGGAAGUUCCAGUUUUAUAGCAUCCAUCUAAGACAGUGUGAGCUGUCUCUGGGAGAACGAUGAAGAGGCUGAAGUGGAGGUCGAAGAUGGGAGGAUGAUGAAGGACAGGAGGAGGAGAAGGAGCUCUGGAUGUCUGGAGGACUUUGAUAUAACCAGCUCAGUCAAGCAACACAGAGACUUUGGACUGAUCUUUGUCUUAACGGCACUUUACAACACAGUUUGGUGCAGAAGACAGAGCAAGCACAGGCCCACUAUGGUAUUGAUUUAGAAUCUGUACUGAAGGAAACAUAAGAAUGUAGGCAUUUAUGUAGGCUAUACUAAGUCAUUAUUUGGUGCAGCCACUGUUGUACAGGUGUGUCUGUAAAUAAUAUUUCACAAUAUCUGCAUUGCUGGUUGGGACUCAAUUUCAUAUUGUAUUUUUUUUCUUGACUGUCUUCUCAGUCUUUACACGAAAAGUCUAUAGAAAGUCUAUAUAUAUAUAAGUCUAUAAAGUGGAACUAUUUUUAUACUGUCAAGUACUUCACAGAAUCAGCACUGUGAAUAAACUCCUGGGAAAAAAAAUGAUGAGCACCCACUCACCGUCAGCAAACGACUGCAAACUGACAUAAUGAAUUGAAGUAAAGCUAGUGUGAAUUACAAAUUCUGCAAACUGAAAUGUCAGCGUCAUUUUGUUGUUUCGUUUUUCGAGAACAGGUGCUCAGUGUGAGCAUCACUGCUGUUUUAUGAAGGACAGUAUUUCUUAGAUUUUAGACUGCCAGUACGAGUUUUAUACAAUAUGAGGGCACACUUUAACAAUAUGUACAUUUUUUUAUAUAAUAUAGCCAUCAUAUGAUGAUUUAUUCAUUAUGUCAAGUACAAUAUGUGAAAUAUGCUACAUGUUUAUAAUUUUCAUAAUCAGUUGUUAUUGUUGUAUGAUUGACUUUUUCCAGUUCAUAAAGUGCUUUAGGACUGAGUAGCAGUUUGUAAUCUGGCUCCAGGCUCAUUACGCCUUUUAAUGAAAUUAUGAAGUUCCUAUGGAUCAAAAUAAAAUGGGAAAGAAACCGUG